CAGCCAUCAUGGACGUCGUUCUCGAUAUCCUCGACACGUUUCUUUUCGAUAGGCUUUAUGCUGCGAUACUACCUGCAUCCAGCACCACAUAUGCAGCAUCUCUACACAACAGACAUGUGAACGUGUACAUGCACCUUGAGCCAUCGCAGUGGGUGGAUGCAAGUGUCUUGAAAAGAGAUGAUGUUGUCAGACAAGCAAUAUCACUGUUUCUCAUUACAUGGAUCUUCGGACUCGCCAUGUACCUCACCGGCAGCACAAUCAUCUACUUCACCCUCUUCGACCGCAAAACCCUCCACCACCCCCGGCACCAUCCCAACCAAAUCCGCCUCGAAAUCCAACACGCCCUAUCCUCCAUGCCCGUCAUGGCCCUUCUAACCGUCCCCUUCUUCCUCGCCGAAAUCCACGGCUACUCAAAACUCUACGACUUCACCACCGAAGCCCCGUUCGCCGCAUACACAUACCUCCAAUACCCGCUCUUCCUCCUCUUCACCGACGCCGGCAUCUACUGGAUCCACCGCGGGCUGCAUCAUCGAAGCGUGUACGGGUGGCUGCAUAAACCGCAUCAUCGGUGGAUCGUGCCGAGCCCGUUUGCGAGUUAUGCGUUUCAUCCGAUCGAUGGGUGGUCGCAGAGUCUGCCGUAUCAUGUUUUCCCGCUCAUCUUGCCGUUGCAGAAGGGGGCGUAUCUAGGGUUGUUUGGGUUUGUGACGGUUUGGACGUUGUUUAUUCAUGAUGCCGAGUUUCUUUCUAGCUCGAAGGUGGUUAAUGGUCCUGCGUGUCAUACGAUGCACCAUCUUUACUUUAACUAUAAUUACGGGCAGUAUACGACGUUCUGGGAUCGAUUCGGAGGGACAUACUAUAAACCACGACUGGAUAAAUUCGGACAAGCCCAGAAAGAGAAAGAUGGAAGUGUUUCUCAAAAGGACGAUUGAGUGCUAUGGCCAUGUAUAAUAUCCAACAAGCAAGUCCUAGCGACUCGCACAAUACUGAAUAAAACCAUGCAAAUCAUCCAAAUCAUCCGUCGCCCCACCAUCCAAAUAACAAAUCCUCCCCUCAUCCCUCGUAGCCAUAUCCAGCGUCGCAGAAACCAGUCGCCAAAGCUCCUCCGCGUGCUGUGGGUAACCCAGAAGGAGGGAUCGCUCUGUGCCUAGUGAAGAAGCAGUGCCGUCCCAGAUUUUCUUCCAGUUUUGGGCGGCGUUGGAAAUGCUCUUCAGUGGGAGGUAU